CUCCUGGAUGUGACGGUCGCGCGCUACCGAGGACGUUCCGUUUGACCCAAAGAUGUGCGGGUUCCAACACUACACGUCCUGUGGAUUUCACUUCCUGUCACGCUUUUAAGUGUCGUCUUCUUGUUUUUGUAGUUUCCAAAAAGUUUUUUGUUUUUUUUAGUUCCUCUCUUUUGCCCAAGGAGAAGUAGGAGAUCCAUCCAUGCUCGGAGCCCGGAGCGCGGGGCUCGGCUCGAUCCGCGGGGGAUGCGAGUUAGUUUCGACCCGGAAUAACAAUUACAAAACCCGCGGCGAUGAGGCGUUAAAGUGGGGAAUAUAAUUUAAGAAAGAAGCCGGAGUGAUGAAAAUGACCGGAGCCAUGGAAACUUCUUUCAAACUGGCUUUGAAAAAACCGCCCCCGCUGCGGACCGCAGAGGACCUGCACGCCAUCUACUGCCACCUCUACCACAUGGACGUCCUCUCUCACCUCAGGGAGCAUCAGCUACGGUCGAUGUGCACCUCGGCCAGGUAUGAGCGCCACGAGGCCAACCACAUCCUGUUCUACGCUGACAGCACGGCGACCUGCUGGUACAUCCUGCUCUCCGGAUCCGUCUUCGUCAAGGAGCACAUGUACCUGGCGAGGUGCUGCUUCGGCAGGCAGCUGGAGGGCAGGCGAGGCUGUGAAUGCAUCACGUUGGAGCCGUCAGAAAUGAUCGUGGUGGAUAACGGCAGCGAGGCGGACGAGGGGUUGCUGCAGCGGGACGGGUCCCAGCGGCGGUCCAGGCGGCGCUUCAGGAGAGUCACCCCGGGGGAGAGGGAGCUCAUCACAGACGGCCAGGAGCCCGCCGGCUACAGCACGCUUCCUGCUGACCUCAAUAAGAUGCACCUCACAGACCACGCCCAUCAGCAGGUGAUGCACAUGCCUCCCAGCCAAUCAGGAUGCAGCAUCGCCAGCGACUCAGGCAGCAGCAGCCUAUCAGACAUUUACCAGGCCACGGAGAGCGAGCUGGGGGACGUGGACCUGUCCGGACUCCCGGAGGCGGCGGUGGACAGCGAGGAAGAGGAGGAGGAGGACGAGGACCUGGAGAGGGCUUCGGACACCCUCCUGGGCCGAGACCUGGUCCGCGAGUGUCUGGAGAAAGAGCCAGCCGACCGCAACGACGACGACAUUGAGCAGCUCCUGGAGUUCAUGCACCAGCUGCCGGCCUUCGCCAACAUGACCAUGUCCGUGAGGAGAGAGCUGUGCGGCGUCAUGGUGUUCGAGGUGGUGGAGCAGGCCGGCACCGUCAUUCUGCACGACAAGCAGGAGCUGGACCUCUGGUACGUCAUCCUGAACGGGGCCGUGGAGAUCAGCCACCCGGAGCCCAGAGCGGAGACUCUCUGCAUGGGCAACAGCUUCGGCAUCUCGCCCUCUCUGGACAAGCAGCGCAUGAACGGAGAGGUCCGCACCAAGGGGGACGACUGCCAGUUUGUGUGCGUCGCCCAGGAGGACUACUGCCGCAUCCUCAACCACGUGGAGAAGAACACGCACAAGGUGGAGGAGGAGGGCGAGAUCGUGAUGGUGAAGGAGCACCGCGAGCUGGACCGCAGCGGCACCCGGAAGGGACACAUCGUCAUCAAGGGAACCCCAGAGCGCCUGAUCAUGCACCUGGUGGAGGAGCCGUCGGUGGUGGACCCCACUUACAUCGAGGACUUCCUGUUGACCUACAGGACCUUCCUGUCCAACCCCAUGGAGGUCGGGAAGAAGCUGCUGGAGUGGUUCAACGUGGACAGCCUCCGGGACACGGUCACCAGGAUAGUGCUGCUGUGGGUCAACAACCACUUCAACGACUUUGAGGGCGACCCGGCCAUGACGCACUUCCUGGAGAACUUUGAGAAGCAUCUGGAAGCCACGAAGAUGAAGGGGCACCUGCGGCUGCUGAACAUCGCGUGUGCAGCCAAAGCCAAGUGGAGGCAGGUCACCCUGCAGAAGGCCUCCAGGGAGUCUCCGCUCCACUUCAGCGUGCAAGGCGGCAGCGAGAGGGGCUUCGGCAUCUUCGUGGAGUCGGUGGAAGCAGGAAGCAAGGCUGCGGAGGCCGGACUCAAACGGGGAGACCAGAUCAUGGAGAUCAAUGGUCAGAACUUUGAGAACAUCUCCUUGUCCAAAGCGGUUGACAUCCUGAAAAACAACACGCACCUGUCCCUCACAGCGAAGACCAACAUAUUUGUCUUCAAAGAGCUCCUCAGCAGGAUCGUCCACGAGAAGAAGAACGGGGCUCCUCACAUCCCCAAGAUCCAAGAGAAAAAGGGCAACCGCUUCUCCAUCGCCGACCUCCCCGGAGACAUGGAGUUCCCCUCGGACCACAAGAGCACCAGGAAGAUGAAGGCCAACACCGUGUCCGGGGGGCGGAACAAGAUCCGGAAGAUGCUGGAGAAGACGCGCUUCAGCAUCCUGCCGCCCAAACCCUUCAGUGAUGGCGGCGUGGGUCAGUCUCAGGACGACAGCAUCGUGGGGACCAAGCAGUGCCGCCACAGCGUGGCCAUCAUGCCCAUCCCCGGAAACCUGUCGUCCAGCAGCCCUGACCUGCUGCACCCGGCCUCCAGCGUGCUGGACUUCUCCAACCCAGCAGCCCUGGGACUCUACUACAUCCCGGACCAGGUGAUCCGGGUGUUCAAGGCCGACCAGCAGAGCUGCUACAUCAUCAUCAGCAAGGACACCACCGCCAAGGACGUGGUGGCCCACGCCGUCAACGAGUUCGGCCUCCUGGCGGCGCCCGAGACCUACUCCCUGUGCGAGGUGUCCGUGAGCCCGGAGGAGGUCAUCAAGCAGCGCCGGCUGCCCGACCAGCUCUCCAAGCUGGCCGACCGCAUCCAGCUCAACGGCAGGUACUACCUGAAGAACAACAUGGAGACGGAGACGCUGUGUUCCGACGAGGACGCUCAGGACCUCCUCAGAGAGAGCCACAUCUCUCUGCUGCAGCUCAGCACCAUGGAGGUCGCCGCCCAGCUCUCCAUGAGGGACUUUGAGCUCUUCAGGAACAUCGAGUCCACAGAGUACGUGGACGACCUGUUCAAACUGGACUCCUCGCUGGGCAGUGGCCACCUGAAGCAGUUCGAGGAGGUGAUAAACCAGGAGACCUUCUGGGUCGCCACGGAGAUCCUGAAGGAGCCCAACGCCCUGAAGAGGAUGAAGACCAUCAAGCACUUCAUCAAGAUCGCGCUGCACUGCAGGGAGUGCAAGAACUUCAACUCCAUGUUCGCUAUCAUCAGCGGCCUGAACCUGGCGCCGGUGGCCCGGCUGCGCAGCUCGUGGGAGAAGCUGCCCAGCAAGUACGAGAAGCUGUUUGGGGACCUGCAGGACGUCUUCGACCCCUCCAGGAACAUGGCCAAGUACCGCAACGUGCUGAGCAGCCAGAGCAUGCAGCCGCCCAUCAUCCCGCUGUUCCCCGUGGUCAAGAAGGACCUCACCUUCCUGCACGAAGGAAACGACUCCAGCGUGGACGGCCUCGUGAACUUCGAGAAGCUGAGGAUGAUCGCCAAGGAGAUCCGACACGUGGUGCGGCUGACCUCGGCCAACAUGGACCCGGCCCUCAUGUUCAGACAGAGGAAGAAGAGGUGGAAGAGUUUAGGGUCUCUGAGUCAGGGCAGCACCAACUCCAACAUGCUGGACGUGCAGGGCGGCGCCCACAAGAAGCGAGUGCGCCGCAGCUCGCUGCUCAACGCCAAGAAGCUGUACGAAGACGCCCAGAUGGCGAGGAAGGUGAAGCAGUACCUGUCCAACCUGACGGUGGAGAUCGACGAGGAGAAGCACCAGGUCAUGUCCCUGCAGUGCGAGGCCUCCUACAGCACCUUGUCUAAGAACCUGAGUGACAGACGGCCCACCAAGGCCGACAUGUCUCCGGUGUCCCUGCGCUCCACUCUGCCUUCAGGGAAGACGCAGAACCGGGUGUCUCAAGUCCUUCAGGUCCAGGUCCCUCUGAACCCUCUACGGAAGAAGAGCACGGCCAAGGACAUGGGCCUUUCUAACUCCAGCUCUCCUCAGGUGGUGAAGAAGCCUCCUGUGAUGAUCUCGUCAGAGGAGUGGAGCUCAAAGAGGCCGUCUGACGACAGCAUGUCCCUGAUCUCCUCCCUCCACUCCAGCCCCACGGCGUCUCCUCAGGGCUCUCCACGUAAAGUGGGGGGCGUGGCCAAGUCCCACAACUACAGCCAGAUGAACCUGUCGGGAUCCUCGUCGUCUCUGACCAGCGACGCCGGCGCCAAGGCCGGCGUGGUCGGGCCGCGCAGCUACGGAAUAGGUUUCGCCCUCCUGCCGCCCGGCAAAGCAGACAACCUGUCGGACUCCAGUCACAGCGAGAUCUCGUCCCGCUCCAGCAUCUGCUCGGUGGACUCCGUGCCCGCCCCCGCGCCCGACGACCGCCGGGUCUGUGCCGCCGUUACCACGGCAACCACCGCCAGCACGGCUCCCGCCCCAGUCGCAGAGAGCACGCCGGCGACGCACGCACACGUAAACUGUGACGGCCACCUGCCGAGCACGAGUAGCAGUUCCUCGGCCCGCGGCUACGCCUCGCGCGCCUCCACCUUCACCUCCUCCAUCUCCACGGAGGAGCUGACCCCGGACCACGCCUCGCUGGACUCCGUGGGCGACAGCGGGCGCGGCAGCUGGACCUCCUGCUCCUCCAACUCCCACGACUCCUUCCAGAGCCUCCCGGCCUCGUCCUGCCGGCCCUGGGACCACGGCAUCCACGGGCACCCGCUGGCGCCCCCCCUCCACGCGCUGCCGGGCGGCUUCAAGCACGCGCAGCCUCCCAUCGCCGAGGUGGAGGCCGCGGGCCCCGCCUGGACCGGCGAGGAGGACGCCGCCGCCGCCAGGCGCCACUCCAGGAACUCCAGCUCUGACCUGUCCAGCCAGUCGCGGCGCAGCUGGGCGUCGUCCGGCUCGCUGUCGGACGCCUACGAGGGAAACUACGGCACCGUGAAGCGGCGGAACGCCUCGGAGCUCCCGCCCUCGCCCGCCGAGGAGGACGGAGGCCAGAGCGCCGACCCCGCCUACAAGACGGUGACGUCCAGCACGGAGAAAGGCCUGAUAGGCUACCAGGGUCUGGCUCUGGGGGAUCUGGGCCUCACGGACGGGGUCCCCCUCCCCAGGCCCCCCCACCUCAGACCUCCGGACUACAGCGUGGCUCUGCAGAGGAGCAAGCUCCUGCAGAGCCCCGGGGCGGCCGGCGGUCUGGCUGAGGCUCGGCGGCAGGCCGCUAACCACCAACACCACCUCCUCCAGCACCCCCACCCCCACCCCCACCCCCUCCACCUCCACACAGCCGGCUCCAGACCGCCCAGCGUCUGCCUCCCGCCGCACGAGCUGACCGACAGCGAGGACGAUGAGCAAGUGUCUGCGGUGUGAAGAUGACGAUGUCACACACACAGACACACACACACACAGACACAGACACACACACACACACACACACAGACACACACACACACACAGACACACACACACACAGACACAGACACACACACACACACACACACACAGACACACACACACACACACACACACACACACACACACACGUGUUGAUCAGGCUUUGGACUGAACUAGCGGCCUGCUGUCAUCGCGCAUCAGAGCACAUCCUCAAACAGCCCUCGGACCACAAUGCACCUCUCUCUGGGUCACAUGACCGCUCUUUGCCAUCGUCUCUGUCCAGAAGACGAAAAAGAUACUUUUAGUCCGAAGACGAGAGGAGGAGAUCAAAGAUGGCGCCUGAAGGAGGAGGAAUAAAAACCUCCUCCUUUUCUUAGACUUGUUUUUAGGCUUUUAUGAUGUUGUGCAGUGAUUCCUUUUCCUUUUUUUCUGAGCUUUGCAAAGUUUUAACGUGAGGAGGAGACAAAAGGGACGGAACGGACCAAUAGCAUCGUGACGUUCCACGGAUGCAUUCACACAAACGGAGCACAUGGUCCUCCUCUGGAGGGGAGCGUCUGCAGACAUCUCUGAACUGUUAUCACUCCUUUUCUCACGAGCUGAAGAACAAAGAAGUGAAAAGCUGUAAUGAGGAUAAAUGAGCACACGCACUGAGUCACGUGCUAAAAGGACAGUGUUUACACCUUUGUUUACAGUGUUUAUUUGACUCGUCAUUCAACCGUGUACAUUUGUUAAUAAAGCUGCAGGAACAUAAACGUCGACUCAUUGGAAAAGGAGUGACGACGUCUUGCAUCUCCACUCCACAUUUUGUACAAUAUUUAAAGGAUUUGCCUAAAGAAAACUAAACAAAUGUCUAUUUGUACUGAAAGUGGAAGCAGAUUUGUACAUUGUGUUUAUUGUUUCUGGAAUACAGAUGUGUGUCGCUCUGUGAUGCUUCUUCUGUUUCUUUGCCACAAAGACUUGAAGAUAUUUUACAUGGCACACACACACACACACACCCAUGUGUGUAUAUAUAUAAGUACGUGUGUGUGUCUUUGUUUUUGUUGUUGUUUGACUAGCGUCGUGUAUAAACGAGAACAGAGCCUCUACAAAGGUUAUUUUUUUGAAUAUUUUGUUAUAAGAAAUAAUCCAGUCUCUUGACCCCUCCCACCUGUCACCCUCUGCCCCCCCCCCCUCCCUGGAUGAGUAAUCGCUGCUGGUGUGUGUGUGUGUGUGUGUGUUUCCGCUGCCCGGUUAGAACCAACAUUGUUUUUUUCUUUCAUCUCCUCUGAGGCUCACGACUCUUUUAUUCAGUCUUCACUCGGCGACCUCUGACCUCUGAGAAGCUCCUCGACGGGGUCGACUGAGUGAGGCCGUUCUUGUCUUUAUUUGCACAUCUGUAUUGCUCAGAUCGAUCAGUGUUAGCGCGUCGCAGCGCGGCCCAGAUGUGGAGAGCAGCUGUUUACCUCUGAGAGCUAAACUUUGAUUCAGUAUUUGUCUCCAUAAAACGACUCCUUCUUUAUUUUGUGUAGCAUUUAGUUUAUUCUGUGACUUUAACUCAGUUAUCACCUUAUUAGCCCAAAACAAUCACACAAUCUUAAACACGCCAAUGACAAAUCCUCAUCAAUCAUGAAUAGACAAAUUAUAAUGUAUUUUUUACACUAAUUUUAACACCUGUGACAAUUUACACGAAACUCCACAAUCAGCUGACUGCAUGUUUUUAUCAGGAUAAAAACUCCUGUCGUCCCGCCUUCUUUUUACCCAGAAUGCAAUAAGAGAGACGUGAACGUGCGUUGUUUGGUUUCUUUUGGCAUUACAGCAGAAAUGCACAACAAUGAGCUCCAUGUGGUGAGUGCGCUGCACGACGUGCACGACGUGCACGACGUGCACGGCGAGGCGUCUCGUGUCUUCUUCUCGUAGCCGUCGUAAUUUAUGUCUUUUAGAAAGACAACAUGAUUUUGCUCGUACGCUUUUCAUGUCUUUUUACGAGUGAUUGUAAAUAGUUGUUAUAUUUUUGUUUAAGAGAAUGUUUAAGAAGGAAAAAAAAAACUUUUAUUUCUUCAAGUCUACUGAUAAGAAUAAAAUGUUAAGC